AUGUCUGACCCUUGGCCUGUACAUUCUGUGAAUUCUUCCGCAGAGACUGUAGAUCUAUUCGCGACCACUCCAAUACACGAAAAUAACCAGGCAGUAGCAGCGACAUUCGGCUAUAGAGAUGACAGCGACAGUGACAGCGAUAGACCCAGAAUGUAUCAUAUAUUAAGUUCGUCGUCUGCAAGUGAUGUGAGCAUUUCUGCCGAAGAGAUGGAAGAAUUGACACCCAACAACGAUAAUUCUGCUAAUGAUGACCUGCAUGAGAACGAUUUGUCCGUUGAUGCACAAAACUCUGGAGAUGAACAUGAACCCAUGGAAACCGAUAACGGGAGGAGGACGACCGACGGUAUUUUAUAG